CAGCCCAUUUUAAACCUCUCAGAUCCACCAACAAUGAAGCUGCAACUAACGCUGGCGCUCAUCUGUGUGCUCCUCCCAAAAGUGAGGACAUACGCCGUAUGUUACCUGUGUACAACAGAUGCAUCUGGAACAUGCAAAGAAAUGCAGACGGCCUGUUCAGAUCAGUGUGGCAGCCAGACCAUCCUCAUGAGAGUUGAUGGUGUCCAAGUGGUGUCAAGUGCAAAAGCUUGUGCAGUAGCUUCACAGUGCGCCAAUGGGAGUCUGAACCUGGGAGAUGUGAAAAUGACCGUCCACACGCAAUGCUGCACCACUGAUCGCUGCAACAGCCAGAUUCCAGCAGCUUUGCCAUUUGGGUCUCCGAAUGGAAAGACGUGUUACACCUGUGUUAAUGAUGACUGCAGAGGAACUGUGAGCUGUGAGGGGGAUCAAGAUCGCUGCGUCAGCACCACAGUUACAGCUGGUAAUACUCAAGUAACAGGAAAGGGAUGUGUGAGCAGAAGUCUCUGUACCGCGGAUUCAUCCAGCAUGAAGGCAGCUGGAGUCACUGGAAGCGUGAGCUGCUGUGAGGGGGAUCUGUGUAACACUGCUGAGGGGGUUAAGCUGAGCCUCCUCAUCAUGGUGGCCCCUCUGAUCUCCUCCACCCUCUUCCACUAAACUCUUUGGGCCUCAAGAACUUUUUCCACAUUUUAAUAAUUUUUUUUUAAAUCUUUUGACUUCACAGAAGUGUAAAUAUUACAAAAUGACUGAAGGGAGAGUCUGGAUGUUUAUAAUGAUGGUUUUUGUAAUCAAAAUGCCUAAUAAACAGUGUAAAUACUG